CCUCUGAUUGGCUAAGUCUGUAGAGGGUGACGUCACGAGACGCUCUAAGGGCAGAUUGGAGGAGGGGAGAGGGCCGGAGCCAUUACCGCAAAAGCAGCUGCAGCACUAGCAGCAUCUAUAUCUUCAGUAUCUCGGAGCUGCUAGCCAAAAUGUGUGACUUCACGGAAGACCAGACGGCAGAGUUCAAGGAGGCCUUCCAGCUCUUUGACCGAACCGGGGAUGGGAAGAUCUUGUACAGCCAGUGCGGGGACGUGAUGCGGGCCCUGGGCCAGAACCCUACCAAUGCUGAGGUGCUCAAGGUCCUGGGGAACCCCAAGAGCGAUGAGAUGAACGUGAAGGUGCUGGACUUCGAGCACUUUUUGCCGAUGCUGCAGACGGUGGCCAAGAACAAGGACCAGGGCACCUAUGAGGACUAUGUAGAGGGGCUUCGGGUGUUCGAUAAGGAAGGGAACGGCACCGUCAUGGGGGCCGAGAUCCGCCACGUCCUCAUCACCCUGGGUGAGAAGAUGACCGAGGAAGAAGUGGAGGUGCUGGUGGCGGGCCACGAGGACAGCAACGGCUGUAUCAACUAUGAAGGUGAGGGGCCGCUCCGCCGGGAAGGGGCAGGGGCAGAGGGAGGGUCAGCGGUCAGUGCCACCGCUGCCACCUGAGGACUAAGGAGCACCCUGGAGGCGGGGCAGGGGAGAGCCCGGGUGAGGGUUGCAGGCCACCAAGGACUAGACUGUGUGCCCUCACAUCCCUGUGUGAUGCCCCACUACCCUGUGUGUCUCGUCUUCACCAUUGAUGUCUCUUCCUUCCUGCAGCGUUUGUGAGGCAUAUCCUGUCGGGGUGAAGGGCCCCGUGGGGCGGGUACGGCUCCUCCCAGCCUCUCCUCCCUCCCUUCCCGUGUCCUUCCUGUUUGCUCUUUGUCCCCUGCCUCUGCCCCCCUGGCAUGCUUCUGCAUGGACCUGUGGGAUAGAGAAGGGUCGGCUAGUGCCCCUGCAUAAAGGAAGACUGUGGGUGUCCGUCCUGGUCCCCCCCAGGCUGGGACAGUCUUGCUUCAGGGUCCUAUCUCACCCUUGUCCAUCUCCCCGGAAGGGUUUGGGCGAUGGGGGAGGGUUGCCCGCCCAGCUCCUGCUCAGUCGACUCCUUUGCUCUUCCCUUUUGCGGGGCAGCUUGGAGGCGCUCCCCUCCUCCCAAAUAAAGCCGCCAUGUUCUGCCCUUCCCCUGCCGGGGCCUGACAGUGCUUAGAGGUAGUAGUUGGGGUUGGGGGUGGGCACCUCCUACCUCUGCUGUGUCCUUGCUGCUUGGGGGGCCGGGACUAACAAGCUUUGGGAGGGAAGCUGGGGCAGUGGGGCCCAGUCAGACCUCCUAGGUGGCUCUUCUGGCCUGCAGUCACCCCAGGGCGGCCCUUGGGGCCAUUUCCACUCCUGCCACCUCAGGGGGUCUACAUGCCCCACCACCCUUAGCUAGCCCCUCCCUCUCUGCUGUUCCCUGGCUCACCCCCUUUUGUCUCCACAGAGCUAGUGCGGAUGGUGCUGAAUGGCUGAGAACGGCGCCCCUUUUCCACCUUGAACACCCCAACUUUCUCAGUGUGAAAACCAUCCUCUGGCCCCUGAUGUGACCAACUACAUUUUCGGGGCCACCAACAUCCCUACUCUCAAGCCCUGCCACGUGUCCCCUCUGGAUUCUUUGCUCUCUGCUGUCACCCAAUAAAUUUGCUACCGCUC